AUUUAAGAAGUCAAAACAGCUGUAUCAAUAUUGAUAAAAAAAAAUAUGUAUGGAAUUUAAUUGCAAAAAAACAAAUUGCUAAUUAAAUUUCCUAUAUAAAAGGUUCAACAUAAGUGAAAAAUUCAACAGUUGGGUAUUGAACUCAAAGUUAGAAAAACUCAUCUUAAAUCUUCUCAAAAAUGAAUCGUUUUGUAGCUCUCUUAUGCAUGGUUGCAGCAGUAUCUGCCACCGAUUACUGUUCCAACUCUAUCUGUAAUAAUGGUGCUAGACAUAUUGCUUGUGGACACAGUGGACAAUUUGCUCCCUCCUGCCCUGCCGAUGCUGAAAUGGUUAAUAUUGACGAUAACUUGAAACAAGUUUUAGUUGAUGCCCAUAACGAAAAACGUAACUUUAUUGCUGGUGGUGGUGAUGCCAGACACAGUCCUGCCUGUCGUAUGGCCACCAUGGAAUGGGAUGAUGAAUUGGCUGCCAUUGCUGCUCUUAAUGUUAAACAAUGUCAAAUGAAUCAUGACAGAUGCCGUAACACUGCUGCCUUCAAAUAUGCUGGACAAAAUCUUGCUUGGAUGGGUUUCUUUGGUGAUGUUGAUCAUGCUGAAAAAUUGAAGGAAUCCGUUGAAAUGUGGUACUCUGAAGUUAAGGACAGUCAACAGGCUUAUAUUGAUUCUUAUCCUAAUGGCUACUCGGGACCUGCUAUUGGUCACUUCACUGUUAUGAUGGCUGAUCGUAACAUUCGUGUAGGUUGUGCUGCUUCCAUGUACACUGAGGGUGGUUUUAAGAAUUACCUGGUUGCUUGCAACUAUGCCACCACCAACAUGAUCAACUUCCCCAUCUAUGCUAGUUGCCAACAGGCUGGUACCUCUUGCACCACUGGCACCAAUCCCCAAUAUCCUAACUUGUGUUCCGCCUCUGAAGAAUAUGCUGUCAACAAAUGGUUCUAAAUGAAGUGCUAAUAUCUUUGAUUUAUAUUAAAUAAAAGAUUUUGAAAAUUAAA